UGUCAGCUGACUGUGUUAGUGUGUGUGCUGGUGCAGGAGCGCAGCGAUGUCGGGCGCUAAAGCUCUGAGUUUAAUUAGUGUAAUUGGUGUUUUAUUGUGUAUUUUAGUCUGUGUGAGUGGAUUUAUGGGAAAUGGAGUCUCUUUCCGACGGAAGGUGACUCUGGAGUUGAACCCUGGCCUGAAUCUGUCCAAUGCAGCGCCCCCUGAGUUCGACCUGCUGCAUGUGCGGGCGCUGGGUGAUAACGACACCCUGCACUUCUUUCUCUGCAGUAAAGGAGCUCCUGCAGUGCUGCUGGUCCACACCAACUCCACAGAGUCCUCGGUUCAGGUGGACUGGCCCACCUUCGGCAGCCUGCGGGUGGUGCCGGAGAGCAGCGUGCAGUACAGCAGAGCUCUGGUGUUCACCAGGCUGUGGGAGUAUGAUGACGUAAACAACACUGCAGAGCCUCAGGACUUCCUGCCUCCUUAUGAUCUUAAGGACUUCAUCUGGAGUGACCUGAACAGCACCGUGGACUACACUCUCCAUACAGCCCUGCUCUGUGGGAAGGACAGUAGCUCCAGCUUCAGCAAUGUCUCCUUCUGUCUGGAUUUUUCAGCCUAUGAGUCGGAGGGUCGUGAGGAGGCGUGGCCGAGCCUCCUCCACAGUGCUAACUCCUCCCAGCUGCGCGUGUGGUUGGAGGGUGUGACACCGCGGGCCAACCAAUCGCGCUUCUCUCUGGAGCUCCAGACAGUGAGCGAGGCGGGGUUUCAGGACAGAGUGGACGUUCAGCGGUUCAUCGACGACGAGUACACGCCCUCCAUAUUCCAGGUAUCUCAGUGGGUCUCGUCCCCUAUGAACUCCAGCUCUGUGAGGGGUUUUGCGCAGUGGAAACCGAUAGCGUACCGUAAGCCUGUGCCGAUGCUGGAGGACGCAACGCCGUGCAGAAACUCCCAGCCCAUCCCUCUCGCUCAGCCGCCUCCAUCAGGACUCAUUUCAGCUUAUUUCACCCACAAUCCCGUCACCAGUGGCAUCAACAUCAGCUUCAGCAUGGCUGAAGACCCCUUCUACGGCUCCACGAAGUUCCUCAGCUGGACUGUAUUGAUCGGUAUGGGCGCUCCUCCGUCAGAUUCCUUCUCUCCGCUGGUGAUCGGCAUCAUGGCUGUCGGACUCUGCACACCUCUCGCCCUCAUUGUGGUGGGCGGGGUUUACGUCUGCAUCCGGAAAAGAAAGGACCAACAACUGGGCUACCAGCCAAUCAACUGAGACUGUAUGACUCAGGCCCCGCCCACAUUUGCGCACUCACCUAUGAGCAGUUACACUGUUCAUACACUGUACGAGGUCAGGUGGGUCAGUCGGGGCAGGCAGCCAAUCAGAACUGACCUUUUAUCCAACUGAUGGAUGAGCUAAUGAGCUCCACCUGCUGCCUUUUGUUUACCUUUCCAGGCUUCGCCCACAAACACCUAUCAUAGCUGCUGCAGAUUGUGGAUCGGUCAGUUAGCCGGUCACUGAGCUCGUUACACACCGAACGCUGAUUAUUAUAUCUCGUACACCAAAUCAGGACAUCGUUUCAUUCGCUCUCUAUGCACUUUUUGCAAAUUUGACCGAUCAUGGCCGUCUCUGCUGUUGACAUGGCAACAACCAAGAUGACAAAUCGUCAGCUGGAGCUUUUUUGCAGACAUUAGAAACACCAGAAUCUCCAAAAUCAGCUGAAACUGAGCUACAAACAUGUUAAAGGUAUAAAACUCAACGUUUCAGCUCCUGAAUGAAGCGAUGAAGCUCCUCACACUACUUUCACUUUUCCUAAGUGGACAGUAUCCCAGCGUGUCCACUUGAUUGAUCUGUGAGGAGUCACGGGAUCUGUUUGAGCUUCGUCUUGUGUGAAGCUGCAUCUCCAAAAUCAGCCCAGACCGAGUUGCGGAGCUCAGAGCUGAAAGUAAAGAGCUUAUAUGGUUUCAGCUCCUGAAUGAGGCGGAGAAACUCUCUGUUCUGCUUUCGCUUCUCGAAAGACACAGUUCACCCGUUUCCUGUUUGAAAUUCUGCACGUGUUUCCUAAAAUACAGACGUUUUGAUGUAAAAUUGUCAGAAUAUUUGUCUUUGUGUCGUUUAAUUGCGGCGUGUUCGGUGUGUAAUGCCUUCACCUCUUUUCUGAAGCAGACGCUUGUAAAACUAAACUCCUACAGAUCUUAAUUCCUCUGCUGAGUGUAAUUUGUACAGUGAGAUGUUUUUAAUCAACAUUCGUACGUUUUUUUGGGGACAAUCCAAAAGAAGAGAGAAGGUCUUCAUCUGUUCUCACUGCGGUACAUUAGAGCUGCACUGCACUGAAAUCUCCCACAGAGACUCCGUGGUGUUUUCACUGAUGUAUUUCCUUCUCUGGCUCCUUAUUAAGACUGUAAUCACGCCUUUAACGGAGAACAGAGUUUUUUUUUGCCAACACAGACUUUAAUUUGUGUUUAUAUCACAGUCAGACUUCUUGUUGUUGUUUUCUUUCUAUUUAGCUUUCUGUCACAGUCAAACCUGCCAUCAGGAAUAAUUACCAGAGUUUUUCAUACAGUCAACAAACACUUGUAUCUCCAUUUUUAAUUUAUUUUUCACUUUUUAAAAAUUUCAAAACCUUAGCCACCAUUUACACUGGUUAUCGCUGCUGUCGGAACAAAACCUCGACUCUCCAAAAUGGUAACUUUACAGGAGAAGGAAAAAACAUUACAACUUUUAAUGUGAGUCAGUGGAACCAGACUUUUUGGGCCGUUUC